AUGUCUUGUUCAACAUCAUCCUCUCUGCUUGCCGGCCCACGGUUCAUCGACACCGGCGUCAACCUCACAGAUCCCAUGUUUCGCGGCUCGUAUCAUGGCAAGCAAACGCAUCAAGAUGACCUCGAUCUCGUUCUAUCGCGAGCCUCUCGCGCUGGUGUAGUAGCUCAAAUCUUGUCUGGCGGCAAUUUAGAAGAAUCACACGAAGCACUUUCCCUAGCCUCAGAGCGCGAGGGCUUCUAUUCUACAGCAGGAUGUCAUCCCACACGAACAUCAGAGAUCGAGACCUAUGCAGAAGGAGCAGAAGCAUACCUGCGCAAGAUUCGAAACCUGAUCGAAGAGUCAAAAGCAGGAAAAGGCAAGAUCGUCGCAGUUGGAGAAUGCGGUCUUGACUACGACAGACUACACUUCUCAGCUGCAGAUGUUCAGAAGAAGCAUUUCGCAACACAACUCAAUCUGGCAGCACAAGUCAAAUUGCCGCUCUUCCUGCACUCUCGAGCGGCGCACCGUGACUUUGUCAACAUCAUAAAGCCCCAAAUCGAUACUAUUCACACAGCCUUAUCAUCUUGGGCACCAGAGCAGAAAAAAGAGGACCCUGCAGCAAAACGAGUGGGCGUAGUCCACAGCUUCACCGGAACAGUAGAAGAAGUAAAAGAACUGUUAGAGUUAGGCCUGUUGAUCGGCAUCAACGGAUGCUCGCUCAAGACACAAGAGAAUCUGCAAGUCUUAGAACAUAUUCCACUCUCCCGCUUGAUACUCGAGACAGAUGCGCCAUGGUGCGAGCCGCGCUCGACUCACGCCUCACACCGACACAUUCAGUUGUUCAAACAGUCCCACGCCUCCUUGUACCCACUCUACCAACCUCGAGCAGUUAAAAGGGAAAAGUGGAAGCCAGACUCGAUGGUCAAAGGCCGCAACGAGCCUUGCAUGAUCGGGCUCAUCGCAGCCACUGUCGCCAGCGUCAAAUCAGUCUCGAUCGAACAAGUAGCCGAUGCGGCAAUGUACAAUACUCGCUGGCUCUUUAAUCUGCCACAGCAAUAG